AUGACUCUAUGGGAUGGCUCCUUCCCCUUCUACCCUGGCACCAACGCUUUCUUCCCCUUUGACACCACCUGGGCCAUCAUUGCCUCCGUCUUCCUCUCUGCACUGGUCACUUCCAUCAUCAUCCUGCCAGGCAUCCGGGGCAAAGGGCGGCUCUUCUGGCUCCUGCGGGUGGUGACAAGCCUCUUCAUUGGAGCAGUGGUCCUCACCAUACAGUUCACCAGAGACUGGGAGAGCGGCUGGGUGACAGCCAACACCUCCUACAAAUCCUUCAGCCGUGCCGUGGUGAAUGCGGAUAUUGGGCUGCACAUCGGCCUGGCAGGAGUGAACAUCACACUGGUGGGAAACCCAGUGAAUCAGGUCAACGAGACCAUCAACUACAACGAGCACUUUGCCUGGAGCUUCGAUGCAGACUACGACCACAGCUACAGCGAAGGCCUGGAGAAGGGGCUGCCCAGCCCCAUCCUCUACGUGGCGGAGAAGUUCACCACACACAGCCCCUGCAACGUGCACAGGCAGUACCGCAUCUCCAGCCGCUACGCAUCCAUUACGCUGUGGAUGGCCUUAUGCACCUGGCUCAUUUCUACCCUGCUCUUCUCCAUGACCGUCCUCCUUUAUGGCGGCUACAUGCUCCUGCUCACUGCCGUGCUGAUGCUUUUCUCACUGCUCUUCUUUGUCACGGUGAGGAACAUCCCAAAGUGUCCCAUCCAGUUUGGGCCAGCCUCCCUGAAAACAGAUUACGGCAGAUCUUUUUGGCUGACAUUAACAACAGGGCUGUUCUGCCUGCUGCUGGGGCUGGGUGUGAUUGUUCUCAACUCUGUGCGCCCGCAGAAACUGAAGCUUGUUUUCAACCUGGAUGAGGGAAAGAGAGAAGUAGAUGGGUGGGAAAAGUCCCACCUGCCAGCCGAGUCCAGCUCCUCUGAGCAGGACAUACUGAUGGUGUCCUUGGGUGAGCUCUGUGAGGUGACAGCCACCAACCUGUGAGGCAAAAGCAACAUGGUCUUGGAGAUCUCCUUGAUGUGGAAGCUAAACCAAAAGAAACUGGAGAGAAAUCAAAUAUAUAUAAUAAACACAUAAGUAUGAACCAAAGGAGAAGCAACCCCUACACACUCAGUAGCACACUUACCCCAAAAGGUGCCUCCAGAAGCCCACUCUGCCCAACAAUGCUCUUCCCAACAACAGGUGAAGAAGAAAGCAGAGCUGUGGGCACUAAAGUACCCUGUAUUCAGCACCUGCUCUUGGUCUGGAGUGAAGGAUUCCUGGCAAGGAAUCCCACGUAUUAGCGGGAUGUUGACAAACCUUGGAGAUUUCUUCAAUGUUGGAAGUACCAAACCUUGGAGGCAUCCUAAAUGUUGGAGGCACCAAGUCUUGCAGAAUUCUUGCAUGUCAGAGAUACCAAA